AUGGACCUGAUCCCAAACUUUUCCACCGAAACCUGGGUUCUCCUGGCUAUCAGCCUAGUGCUCCUCUAUCUAUACGGAACCUAUACACAUGGAACUUUUAAGAAGCUUGGAAUUCCUGGGCCAACACCAAUACCUUUUCUGGGAACCGUUCUAGCCUACCGUAAAGGUUUUUGGGAUUUUGAUAUGAACUGCUUUAAGAAGUAUGGGAAGAUGUGGGGGUUUUACGACGGGCGGCAGGCUGUGCUAGCUAUCACCGAUCCGGACAUGAUCAAAACAGUGCUAGUGAAAGAAUGUUAUACUGUCUUCACAAACCGGCGGCCUUUUGGUCCAGUGGGAUUUAUGAAAAAUGCUGUCUCAGUAGCUGAAGAUGACCAGUGGAAGAGACUACGGUCAUUGCUGUCUCCAACCUUCACCAGUGGAAAACUGAAGGAGAUGUUCCCAAUCAUUAGCAAGUAUGGAGAUGUGCUGGUCGGGAACAUGAGGAAGGAAGCAGAGAAUGGCGAGCCCGUUAACUUGAAAAACAUAUUUGGAGCCUACAGCAUGGAUGUGAUCACCAGCACAUCAUUUGGAGUGAGCGUUGAUUCCCUCAACAACCCAAAAGACCCCUUCGUGGAAAAUACCCAGAAGCUCUUAAGAUUUAAUUUCUUAGAUCCAUUUAUUCUCUUAAUAACGCUCUUCCCAUUCUUGACACCUGUUUUUGAAAUGUUAGAUAUUUCUCUGUUUCCAAAAAGUGUCACUGGCUUUUUCAGAAAAUCCAUUAAAAAGAUGAAAGAAAGUCGCCUCAAUGAUGACCAACAGCACCGAGUGGAUCUUCUUCAGCUCAUGAUCAACUCCCAGAAUUUCAAAGACGUUGACAACCAUAAAGCGAUGUCUGAUCUGGAGAUCAUGGCCCAAUCUAUUAUUUUUAUUUUUGCCGGCUAUGAGACCACUAGCUCUUCUCUAUCAUUUUUAAUGUAUGCACUGGCCACUCACCCUGAUGUCCAGAAAAAGCUGCAGGAUGAGAUUGAUGCAACUUUCCCCAAUAAGGCACCACCCACCUAUGAUACUGUGAUGCAGAUGGAAUAUCUUGACAUGGUGAUGAAUGAAGGUCUCAGAUUAUACCCAAUUGCUGGUAGAGUUGAGAGGGUCUGCAAGAAAGAUGUGGAAGUCCAGGGGAUAUUCAUUCCCAAAGGAACAGUGAUCAUGAUGCCAAUCUUUGUUCUUCACAAAGACCCAGAGCUCUGGACAGAACCAGACGAGUUCCGGCCUGAAAGAUUUGGCAAGAAUAACAAGGACAACAUCAACCCUUACACAUAUAUGCCCUUUGGAAAUGGACCCCGGAACUGCAUUGGGAUGCGGUUUGCCCUCAUGAACAUGAAAGUUGCUCUCGUCCGAGUCCUACAGAACUUCACCUUCAAACCUUGUAAAGAAACACAGAUUCCCAUGAAAUUUGGCAAUCAAGGACUUGUUCAACCAGAAAAACCUAUUGUUCUAAAGGUUGAACCAAGAGAUGUGUGAGUGGUGUUUGAUUCUGCGUAAUGACCUCCAUUUUGUUCAUCAAUAAAGCUACAUCCCAGAACACCAGAGAGCUUAAUUAACUUUGUUACUAAACCUAGAAGUGAAGAUUGGCCUAAACUACUGGAAUCAAUGGAAACUAGAGACUCUGUACACUUAUUUGGUUUUCUAUAG